CACUGCCCAACGGAGGAGGACUCAACUUCACAUCAUUUUUAUCGUUGAUCGGUACUGUGUGGAGGGGUAGCGUGAUUACCGCUAAUAUAAUUGAUAUAAUAAUUCAUUAAAAAUACCAAACGCUACUUAAAUUUAUAAAUGUUUAUAUAAAUCAAAAGUGAAAAAGUACCAAAACGUGCGUGAAAUGGGCGUAGGGUGUGGGCCAUGUUGCAAAUUCUUUGUGGGAAGCGCCAGCUGCUGCAUCUUGGUGGCAUUAGUGCUAUAUAUAUGCCUUGGGGGAUCGACCGUUCAAGGGGAUUAUGUUGAAGUUAUUGAGCUGAAUAACAAUUGGAGUAUAGCUAAUCAGAAUGGCACUUUAAAAGAGUCAGGAGUAUCUUUGCCCUCGGGUAUCUACAGUGUGUUUGGCAAUGACAUUCUCGAGUCCUAUAACGAUAUAAAUCUUCGAUGGCUCAGCUACGAUAAUUUCACCUAUACAAAGAGUUUUCCGUUCGAUGUGCAACAUUAUAAGGAUGCUCACAUCAAUCUAACAUUCCAUGGCAUCGAUACCAUAGCCGAAAUACGUUUAAAUCAUCGUCUACUUGGACGUACGGAUAAUAUGUUUGUACGCUAUACCUACGAUGUCACUUCAAUACUGGAGGAAGAAAAUGAAUUGGAGGUUGAGAUAACAUCACCUGUACUAGCAGCAUUGGCCAAGGCGAAAAUCCUGGAUGCAGCUGGACGCAGUGUUCCACCAGACUGUCCUCAUGCUAAUUAUAAGGGCGAGUGCCAUAUGAAUAUGCUGCGUAAAAUGCAGGCCAGCUUCUCUUGGGAUUGGGGUUUAGCUGCUCCCUCAAUGGGCAUUUGGAAGAAUGUGGAAUUGGAGAUAUACGAUGUGGCUCUCAUACGAGACGUUGACAUUGAUAUCGCUCGCAAUGACCAAGAUGGGGUGUGGAACAUGCAUGUCACCUGCUAUUUGAAUGUGCUGGGCCGCAAGAAUUUCUAUGCCCGUCUUGUCUUCUAUGCCGUCGAACUACUGGAUAAACCGAUUGUCAUUGACAAUUACACCGUGGAUCCCAUUAGUUACUUGUCGCCAUCAAUUGAAUUCGAUGUGGCAGUUCCAAUUGAGAAAGUUGUUACCUGGUGGCCCAAUGGCUAUGGCGAGCAAAAGCUAUAUCCAUUGCACUUAACACUUACCACCUGGUUAAAGGAUGGGGCCAACUUGCGUUCCAAAUCCAAAUCACAAAAGACUCUUCGCGUGGGCUUUCGUACACUUGAACUGGUCGAAGAUCCCACUCCAGAUGGCACUGGGAAUACAUUUUUCUUUCGUGUCAAUGGCAUCGAUAUGUUCAUGAAGGGUACCAAUUAUAUACCUUCCCACAUACUACCCGAAAAUCAAACGAAUGAGGAGAUUAGCUACCUGUUGCAUUCCGCCAAAGAAGCUCACAUGAAUAUGCUGCGAGUUUGGGGCGGCGGUGUCUAUGAGUCUGAUUACUUUUACGAUCUCGCCGAUAGUCUAGGCCUCCUUAUAUGGCAGGAUAUGAUGUUUGCCUGUGCCAUGUACCCGGUGGAAGCUGACUUUCUGGCUUCGGUGCGGGAGGAGGUGCUUCAGAAUGCCAAACGCAUUGCUCAUCAUCCCAGCGUUGCUAUCUUUGUCACCAAUAAUGAGAACGAGGCGGCACUGGUCCAAGAUUGGUAUGAUACAUUUUACGAUCUAGAUCGUUUUAAGGAGGAAUAUCGUAAACUUUAUUUGGCUAAUGUGAUACACGAACUGAAACAAGUGUCGCAUAAAUCACGUCCGGAACCGCUAGUUUCUUCGCCAUCAAAUGGCAAGAAAAGUGCUGAAGAUAAUUAUAUUUCGCCAUUCCCGCAAAACAACAACUAUGGAGACGUACACUUUUAUGAUACCUCACAAGAUGCUUGGAAUCCGGCAAUAUACCCACGCUCCCGUUUCGUCAGCGAAUACGGAUUCCAGAGUCUACCAGGCCAAAACUCAUGGGAUCGUAGUAAGAAAGACGAUGAAGAUCUUCUUACUUUAAUCAACCAUCGUGAGCACCAUAUCGAGGGCAUAUUGCCUAUUCUUACUGUAGUGGAAAAGCAUUUCCCAUUGCCACUGCCCGAGGAUGACAAUUAUGUUGAGGCCUUGAUAUACUUUAGUCAAAUUUCCCAAGCCAUGUCCACCAAGGUGGAAACGGAACUAUAUCGUAGCUUACGAGACACAAAUCACAAUACCAUGGGUGCUCUAUAUUGGCAAUUAAAUGACAUUUGGGUGGCACCCUCAUGGUCUGGCAUUGAUUCCUAUGGCAAUUGGAAGCUUUUGCAUUAUUGGGCACGUGAAUUUCUGGCUCCCACUGCCAUUGUGGCUCUAUAUGAAAAUACCACAAAUUCCCUGAAUAUUUCACUGAUUUGUGAUGAGCUGGAAGUCGAUACAAAUGGUUUAAAGGUUGUUGCCAACAUUCACAAAUGGACACAGUUACUGCCACGUUAUUCAACCGAGUGGGAUGUUACUCUACGUCCGAAUGGUGUGCAAUAUGAUAAAGUGAUACAGCUGGCGGAUUGGCUGCAAGGUGAAUUCACCAAACAAAAUGCCUUUUUCGAGUUUCAAUUGUGUCGCCAUGACGAGGUUCUGUCACGCACCUAUUUCUUCCCUGCCCAUUUAGGCACAGCUGUGGGACUCACCGAUCCUGAUCUUGAGUUUGAAAUCAGCUCACGCAGCUGCAUCACAACUGGCAAUGUUGUACGCAAUAGCAUUAGCCUUACCAUUCAGGUGAAACGUCCUGCUGCCUUUGUCUAUAUAGAACUUUUGAAACCUGAUCGCUAUCGGCUCUCCGAGAAUGGAUAUAUGCAAACGACACCAAUUCAUUCCAUUUAUGUAGUCUUCGAUAGCAGCACUUGUUAUCGCCUACUCCGCAAGUCGGACUUUAGAGUGCUGACAGUCAAUCAGUUUAUGCCAUAGAUGAUAUUCCUUUUU